CCUUGGAAAAGACACCAGGACCGAAGUAUCAUCCCAGGCAAAAUGCGUGAGCUGUAGUAGCAACCAUGAAGACUGACAAUCCACCAGAAGCCAAGAGGAUAGAACAGCUCAAAGUAGAGGCUGUGCAGCAGAAAAUGAAGGGGGCAGAAGAGAUGGAAGGGGAGAAAAAGGAAGAAAGUGACAGCUUCCUUGAGUUCUUCAGUUCCUACCAAGAGCUUUUCCAGUUCUUUUGUAACAAUACCACCAUCCAUGGAGCCAUCCGGCUGGUUUGCUCUAAGCAGAACAAGAUGAAGACUGCCUUCUGGUCGGUACUCUUCUUCCUCACCUUUGGCCUCAUGUACUGGCAGUUUGGAAUUAUCUAUAGAGACUACUUCAGCUUUCCUGUCAACCUGCAGUUGAACUUCAACUCUGAUAGGCUUACCUUCCCUGCUGUCACACUGUGUACUCUCAAUCCCUAUAGGUACAGUGCUGUUCAGAAGGAGUUGCAAGAACUGGAUCAGAUCACCCACCGGAUGCUAAUGGGGCUAUACAAAUACAAUAUGUCCCUGGGGAUGGCCCAAACCUCCCGGAAACGCAGCUAUAGAAGUCUUUACCACCAUAUCCAGCGCCAUCCACUGCAGAGACAUAAGCGUGACAGCCAAGCCACCAUGGAAGACAACAACCCCACAGUGGACAAGGAUGGCUGGAAAAUUGGUUUCAUCCUGUGUAACAAAAACAAGACAGACUGUUUCCACCAAACGUACUCCUCCGGUGUGGACGCCGUACGCGAGUGGUACAGUUUUCACUACAUCAACAUCCUGGCGAGGAUCCCUGACACCAAGGCCUUAGAUGAGUCCAACUUUACCAGCUUCAUUUAUGCCUGCCGUUUCAACGAGGCGACAUGUAAUAAAGCGAACUACACCCAUUUCCAUCACCCCAUUUAUGGCAACUGCUAUACAUUCAAUGAUAACAGCAGCACUCUGUGGAUGUCUUCACUGCCUGGGAUCAAUAACGGCCUCUCCCUCGUCGUCCGCACGGAACAAAAUGACUUUAUCCCACUAAUAUCCACUGUGACAGGAGCCCGAGUAAUGGUCCACAAUCAGAAUGAGCCAGCCUUUAUGGAUGAGGGGGGGUUUAAUGUGCGUCCUGGUAUAGAAACAUCCAUCAGUAUGAGAAAGGUAACAACAAAGCGCCUUGGGGGCACCUACAGUGGCUGCACAGAAAACGGGAGUGACGUGCCCGUGAAGAACCUCUACUCAUCGCAUUAUACUGAACAGGUCUGCAUUCGUUCUUGUUUUCAGAACAGUAUGGUAAAACGGUGUGGCUGUGGCCAUUACUUCUACCCCUUGCCCCCCGGAGCAGUUUACUGUGACUACACCAAACAUGUUGCAUGGGGUUAUUGCUAUUACAAACUUCAGGCUGAAUUUAAAGCAGGCUUCUUGGGCUGUUUCACCAAAUGUCGAAAACCUUGCAAGGUAACAGAGUACCAGCUCUCAGCUGGAUACUCACGUUGGCCUUCUGCUGUCUCUGAGGCCUGGGUGUUUCACAUGCUGUCUCUGCAGAAUAAGUACAGCAUCACAUCCAAGAGGGAUGGAAUUGCCAAAGUGAAUAUAUUUUUUGAGGAGUGGAACUAUAAAAGCAACGGGGAGUCUCCUGCUUUCACCGUGGUGACGUUGCUUUCACAGCUGGGAAACCAGUGGAGUCUUUGGUUUGGUUCAUCCGUUCUCUCCGUGGUAGAGUUGGCUGAGUUGAUUUUGGAUUUUUUGGCCAUUACCUGCAUCUUGGCUUUCCACCGGCUGUACUUGCAUCAGUCCUCUGACCUCCCGACGCCCAGCAGCCCCGGCAACACUGCCUUCCGCAGGGUAUCUCCUGCUCCUGCUCCGCCACAACCCAUCACUGUCGAGGCUGAGGUUGCUACGCUGCCAUCCUACAACAGCUUGGAAUCGCUAGACCUGCACAGAGUUUCCUUCAGGAGAACAGAGUGAGGCCUAGAUCAGCAUGGCUUGAAUACAUCCUGAAGCAUUAAGAUGAUACAUUGCUGCUAGCGUAAGGAAGCAGCUCACAGAACCAGUCAGCUAGCUGUACUUCUGACCUCCACAGGACAGAGGGGGCGGAAGGCCUCCUGUAAAGUUGUGAGCAGCAUGAAGUUCACGGUAUGUACAGGACCAAGUGACUUGGAUGCUCCUUCCUUUGCACGCUUUGCCUCUGCUGCGUGCAACUGCCUGUAGUAUA